UCCUGAGGGGUCCAGCCCUGAGCGCCCUCCCUCCUAGACCCGGGGUCGGGGAAGUGGGGAACUGUGGGCUGGGCGGAAGCACACUUGCUGCGGGAGAAAAAAGCUUCUGCUUCUUUCCUUCCCAUUUCCCCCCGCCCCCGCCGUCGGGGCAAAGGCAGCCAGACCCGCCCAGGACACGCUCUGUCCUCGUCCCUCUCUGCUCGUCCUUCUGCAAGGUGGUCGCGCUCCAAGUCCCCGGAGACUGUGCAGGAGGCCGGGCUGGGCAUCGAUCAGCGGCAGGGGCGCUGCCUGAAGCCCCGCAGAGCCGCGAGGACGCCCCGGACACAGAAGCGGGGCCGACGGCGGCGCCAGGGCGCGCGAACCGGGAAAUGGACGAGGAUUGACUCCUGUCACUUCCCGUAGCCGCCCGCGGACGCCUGGGCUGGGAACCCGGACGGCACUUCGCGGAGGACAAACAGCCUCCUGCGUGGAGCUCUUGCGACACCGGGGUCUGGGGCAAAUUCCUCAGUUUCAAUCUAGGUAACCUUUAAAUGAAACUUGCUUAAAAUCUUAAAUCAUACACGGAAGAGAGACACCAGUCAAUAAAAUCAGCGAUCAGGUGGAAAAGAAUGAUGUUGUCCUUAAAUAACCUACGCACCAUCAUCCAUAACCCGGCAAUCCCCUAUGUUGGCACUAUUCCUGAGCAGCUGGAGCCUGGAACUUUGAUUGUUAUACGUGGGCAUGUUCCUAGUGACACAGACAGAUUCCAGGUGGACUUACAGUGUGGCAGCAGCGUGAAACCUCGAGCCGACGUGGCCUUUCAUUUCAAUCCUCGUUUCAAAAGGUCCAACUGCAUUGUUUGCAAUACUCUGAAAAAUGAAAAAUGGGGAUGGGAAGAGAUCACCUAUGACACGCCUUUCCAAAAGGAAAAGUCUUUUGAAAUCGUGAUUAUGGUCCUGAAGGACAAAUUCCAGGUGGCUGUAAAUGGAAAACACACUCUGCUCUACGCCCACAGGAUCGGCCUGGAGAAAAUAGAUACUCUGGGCAUUUAUGGCAAAGUCAACGUUCACUCAGUUGGUUUUAGCUUCAGCUCGGAUUUACAAAAUACCCAACCAUCUACUGUGGAACUGACAGAGAUAAGUAAAGAAAAUACCCUGCCAUUCAUUGCAAGGUUGAACUCCCCCAUGGGCCCUGGACGAACUGUCGUCAUCAAAGGAGAAGUGAAUACAACUGCCAAAGGCUUUAAUGUUGAUCUACUAGCAGGAAAAUCAAAGGAUAUUGCUCUACACUUGAACCCACGCCUGAAUACCAAAGCAUUUGUAAGAAAUUCUUUUCUUCAGGAGUCCUGGGGAGAAGAAGAGAGAAAUAUUACCUGUUUCCCGUUUAGUCCUGGGAUGUACUUUGAGAUGAUAAUUUAUUGUGAUGUUAGAGAAUUCAAGGUUGCGAUAAAUGGUGUACACAGCCUGGAAUACAAGCACAGGUUUAAAGAGCUCAGCAGUAUUGACACGCUGGAAAUUAACGGGGAUAUCCACUUACUGGAAGUGAGGAGCUGGUAGCUGACCUGAUCGCUACAAAAUACAAAAUGGCUUCUGUGGUACUGGCCUUGUCCAAAUGCA